GAUGAAUGUAAAGAUCAGGACCUGAAUAAAUGUCAUGAGAAAGCAAAAUGUACCAACACCGAGGGCUCGUACAAUUGCACCUGUAUCGACGGUUACGUUGGAGAUGGCUUUCUUUGUCAAGGUAAUGGUUGCAUUUUUGUCGUCUACUUUAUAACUAUCUAUAUGAUGGUAAAUUAAGUCGUUUUUACAGAGCUCGACACAACUUUUCUUACGUUGAUCAACCAAAAGUGUCUGUUACCAAAAAAGUCGUGAAACUUACGUGCCGUGCAAGAGGUUUGCCUAAGCCGACGUUUUCGUGGAUUACACCUGACGGAACCCUGGUAAAUUCCACGGUAUCAGCUCCGAAUUUUGAAGGCAAUAGUAGCGUUAUAACAGGGAAUAUGCUCCAGAAGGAUGGUUGCCUCUUGAUUUUCUACACCCGUGUGACCGACCAAGGCAUGUACAAGUGUAUCGCGGCUAAUAUCCUGGGACAUGAUAUAGGGAAGGUUAAUCUUACAGUGAGAGAAGGUGAGAUAUCCCUUCCG